GGCUGGCAAAAGGAAGGGCUGCUCCGGUUUAGCGCCCUCCUUUGCUAGCAGCGGCUAGCGUAUAAAAACAUUAACCACUCCCAAAGUUGUACGUUUAUCCUGUGAUAGCCGGUUUAGUCCGCGGUAAUAUUGCGAAACCGAUGUAGUAACACCGGCCGGGCACGUACUUCUGUAUCUCCGGUAGGCUUUAUUGUAUUUUAUUUAAUGAGUGUGUUACAUUUGCCGAGGACGAGCGAGAAAACGUUUGGUUAGCUCGCUGUCGAAAGUACUGUAGUCGAUGCUUUCACAUGGAGGGUUUCUUCAGUUAGUAGUUAGAAGAGUUUACGAGUGGGCAAGAACAGACCGCAGGAGGUACAGUUUCUUCACCAUGGGGAGCAGCUGCAGUAAUCACCUUGGGAUCCCUCCAGCCAAGGGCCCUAACCCUGUGGGCUGCACUGACUUCAUGAUGGACCACACUGCACAGGGUACCUUCUUCCGGCUGUACUAUCCUUGUCAAGAGACUGAAGGUGCUGAGAAGCCUGACUGGGUCCCAUGCAGGGAGUACUUUAACGGUCUGGCAGACUUCAUGAAAAUCAACAGAACCUUCAGUGAAAGGAUUUUCAACUACCUCUUUGGGUCCUUCAAGAUUCCAGCCUACUUGGAUGCUCCAUUUAAAUCAAAUGAAAAAUGUCCUGUAAUCAUCUUCUCCCACGGCCUGGGAGCCUUUAGGACGCUGUAUUCAGCUAUAUGUGCAGAAAUGGCCUCUCAGGGCUUCAUCGUAGCGUCUGUGGAACACAGGGACCAGUCAGCCUCAGCUACAUAUUAUUUUUGUGAGAAGCCAGAGUCAGAAAGGUCCAAAGAGAAUUUGUCAAAAUCAUCAGGUGCAACUCAAGGCAACUUGGUAAAGCAGUGGAUGUACUACAGAGCUCUGCGGCACGGAGAGAGCGAAUUCCCCCUCAGAAACAAACAAGUGAAACAGAGAGCGGAUGAAUGCAUUCUGGCUCUGGAUAAACUCACUGAAAUCAAUUCAGGAAUCACGGUGCAAAAUGUUCUGCAGACGCAGUUUGACUGGUCGACGCUGAAGAACUCCAUGGACCUGUGCAGGAUAGCAGUGAUGGGACAUUCUUUUGGAGGGGCAACAGUCAUAGAAGCUCUGUGCAAGGAGGUUAAAUUCAAGUGUGGAGUAGCGUUGGACUCCUGGAUGUUUCCUUUAGAUGAUGAAAUCUUUCCUCGGGUGAAGCAACCAAUUUUCUUCAUCAACUCAGAGAAGUUCCAGUGGGCCGGGAACAUCAGUCGCAUGAAGAAGCUCGACUCAGCCGUCAUCCAGAGGAAGAUGAUCACCAUCAGAGGAACAGUUCACCAGAGCUUCCCAGACUUCACCUUCCUGACAAGCAACUGGAUAGGGAAGCUGAUGAAACUCAAGGGAGAGAUUGAUCCAGAGAUCGCCAUAGACCUCUCCAACAAAGCAACUUUAGCGUUUCUGCAGCGCCAUCUUGGCCUGGAGAAGAACUUUAACCAGUGGGACCCCCUGAUUGAUGGAGAAGAUGAAAACCUUAUCCCAGGAACUAAUGUCAUCGUGCUUCAGUCCGCGAUCUGAACUGCCUCUGUGCCUCUUAUACCGUACCCUCUCGUAUUCGCCUUGUGCACGGGAGUCAGUGCAAUGGUUUUAAAAUGUCAAGACAGGUCUACUUGGCAUUUUAUUUUUAAAACGAACUCAGAAUAAUAUUUUUAAAGCAGUAAUCAAAUGGAAAGCUCAUCUCUACCUCAUCAGAAGGAUGGAUUUGUUUUUUCUGGACAAAUAAAGCACUCAGUCUAGCGGUGUUUGUUUCAAGAGGCCUGAAUGUUGCAUACGAGCAGCUUGAAACUUUCUUCUCACUGUCGGUUAUCUCUUUACUAUUAGCUGCAAUUUCUUGAACAAAUCCUUGUAAUCAGUUUUAUCUUUUAGUGUAAAUAAAUCCAACAACGAUCUUUUUCUGUACCUCUCUUUGGACAUGAAAUUCUGGCAGAGACAAGGUAUUCUAUGAUUGCUGUGUGAUUAUGUAACGAGGCCUAUGAUGAGAAUCUAAGCUGUAGUAUAGGGAAAGAUAUAGAUUUACUUAUUUGAUAAUGAUUAUUAGUCCAGCCAAGCUAGCAUUUAAAAGGCAUCCAGCAACUUCAAACACAUCAAAGAAUACUGUGAACACUAAAAAGCUGCUUUAAUAUCCUAUGUGCCUUAACCACAAUACAGUCCUUUCCUUGGUCAGUGCUAUGUAAAUUUUAUACACUUCAUUUGUACACAUCAGAAAUCCAAUAA